AUGCCGCAACUGCUCACCCUUGUUGACGAAGUCAUUGGCAUAGUGCAGAAAAUAUCUGAAGAUGACCCUAUCACUGAGUGUUAUGAUGAUAACAAUGAACUUGGUCUAAUUCUAAAAAGACACCCAGAUGAAGCUAUUUCUCUUUCUAACGAAAAGCUCCACAUAUUCCCCUUCAGAGAUGUGAAGGUGUGCUGGCGGAGACUUUUUGCGGACGCGAGCCUGAUACUAGCUUGCUAUGAAAUAAAAAGGAAUUUCAAGGAUGUGGGCACUUUGAGUCAGAGGCAACAUAGCGCACAUUUUCUAGAUGAUGGCCAAUGUGAGAAAGCCAUUGUGAAGAAAAUUCACCCAGAUGCUCCCUGGUUGAUUUCAGUCAUCCGCAUUCUUGAUAUGGCGUUGAUUAUGACAGGCGCUCCAAGGCGUGAGAAGCUUAUUGAAGAUCUUAUACUAUCUUUGCAAAACGCCACAGAACCCGACAAGGAGGCCUUUGAGUCUUAUUCAAAGCCAAUGUAUGGAUUAGAUGAACGCAACACCCAGCAUAAAAGGCUAGCCUACCGACCUUUGUUUCCAAUGGACUCCGUUCCCGCUCCGCGUUUGAGUUACCCAGUCCAUCGAGUCUCCAUGAUGCCAUUCGACGAAUUUACAGAACAUAUCUGGUAUAGCCGCACUCCACUGGUUAUUACCCAUGCCGUCGAUCAUUGGCCAGCAUUUUCAUCUCGACCCUGGUCGUCGGGGGAUUACUGGUCUCAACGGACGUUUGGUGGUAGGAGGUUGGUACCCGUUGAAGUGGGAAGGUCGUAUACGGAUGACGGGUGGGGCCAGCGAAUUAUUCCUUUUGGAGAAUUCGUAACAGAAUACGUCUGGAGGGCGGGCAAAUCGAAUGGUCUGUCAAACACAGAAUCAGCGGAACCUCAAACAGGUUAUCUGGCACAGCAUAACCUGCUUGCUCAGAUUCCAGAAUUGAGAAAUGAUAUAUUUAUUCCAGAUUAUUGUUUCGCGGAGCCUCCUGAAGCUGAACCCGGCACGCCAGUAUACAAGAAAAAGGUUUUAGAACGAGAAGCCAGUAAAAUCAAUGGUCUACAGCACUGCAAUAGUGAAAGGGAGGAGGGUGAUGAUGAUGGUUAUGAUGAUGGAACGGCCGGACCAAUGAUCAACACAUGGAUUGGGCCAUCGUGGACGAUCUCACCGCUCCAUCAUGAUCCGUAUCAUAAUAUUUUGGUGCAGGUAGUCGGGUCAAAAUAUAUACGUCUAUACUCCCCGCACACUCCAGCAUCUCAAAUAUACCCUCGGGGUAUGGAAAUGGUAGACUCACUCUCUUCCAAAUCCACAUCGUUAUACCGUGAAAAAGAAGAUGAUGAUAUUAGCAGAUCGGCUUCAAGAGGAGAAGAAAUCGAUAUGUCAAAUACUUCACAAGUGGAUAUCGCGGCUAUUGAGCUCUCACCCGCCGAAGCCGAGACUUGGGACGCCACAUGGCCCGGCUUCUCGGAUGCUAAAUAUGUUGAAACGGUAUUGCGUGAAGGAGAAUGCUUGUAUAUCCCUGUUGGCUGGUGGCAUUACGUACGGGGCCUGGAGGCUGGGAUCAGCGUUAGUUUAUGGUGGAACUGA